AACCGCAGGAUAGGAGACAGGAGCAUGCCGAGGAGCAUGGUGUCAUCUUCGGGAGCAGCGAGAAGAAGUAACAAAUUCACAUCAAAGCGGCGUCGCGUAGUGCUUGGAUUAUGCCUCGUCCUGCUGCCAACGCAAGGAGGUUCCUUCCAUGUUCUCCCGUCGAGAUGCCGCUUCGAGAGCCAGCUCCGUUGUCAUGCAACCAUGUCGAGGUCGCGGCAGCUGAACAGCCAGGCGCAAGAGCUCGACGGUGGGGAUAGCGGGUCGGUCCCUGGUGUACUCCGCGAUGUUGUCAUCGAGAAAAUCGAGGAGCUGGGUGGCGGGAAGGUGCAGCAGGUGCAGGAGACUACGGCUGGACCCGGACUACAUAACAGGCACUUCAAGUACACGGCUACCGGCGGGACCUUCAUGGCCAAGAUCGCGAAGCCGAGCCGCUCGAAUCCUCCGACGAACGACUGGCGGGAGGCCAGUCUGGACAAUUUCUUCGCCGAACAAACAGGUCUAGAGGCCAUCUUGGCAACGGGCUGCUUGCGCGCCCCGAAGCCUCUGGCUCUCGGGACGUUGCCCCUCGGUGGUUCGUUUCUGCUUAUGGAAUACAUGCCCUUCAUACCCUUCGGACAGUCCAUACCAGAGGUUUUGCGGAACCUCGGGGAGGGGUUGGCAGCGAUGCACUUGCAAGACCCUCCUCCGUCUUGCGGAGGGUUCGGGUUUGUCGGGGACAAUUUCCUGGGGGGAACGCGUCAAGUCAACACGUGGGACAAGGACUUCUCGAACUUUUUCGUGCAGAGAAGGCUCUCGCCGCAGUUCGCGCAAGCCAGGACGAAGUUCCAGGACAGCUGGGGCACCAAGAAUGAAGACUUCGAGAGAAUAGGAAGGGAGGCCAUCCUAACGGCGAAAAAGGUCCUCGAGCCGGUGGCAAACUCGAAGCCGGUUCUUCUCCAUGGUGAUCUCUGGGUGGGUAACUGCGGAGGCGUACCGGGAGAGGGGAGAACACGAGAGGCGGCUGUUUUCGACCCCGCGGUAUGGUAUGGUCUACCCGAGUUCGACCUCGCCCUGGCCACGAUGUUUGGCGGAUUCGGGGAACCAUUCUACGAGACGUACCACGCCAUAAUACCCAAGGCCCCGGGGUUCGAGCGCAGGAUGCGGGUUUACAAGCUAUACCAUUACCUUAACCACUUGAACCUGCACGGUGCAGGGUUCGGCCAUGGGGGCACGUUCGAAGACCCAAAAGGGUACUAUGAGCGGAGUUUGACGUUGAUGCAGGAGAUCGUGAAGGACGGCUUUUCAUGAGCAGACGGACUUUACAGUAGUUUCGCCUCUUGUUCUACCUUAGGUGUUUAAUGGCGGGUGGCGAGUGAUAGUAGUCAUCACUUUGGAUCACGAGGUCUGCUUUUUGCGUCUCUUUCGUGCGGCGGAGAUUUUUGUGGGCAGUCACAUCUGCUGGGAGCCUAAACAGUACCGUAUGUAUUAGCGGCAGACAACACAAACGGCUGAAUGUGUUCAACGACGGCCAACGAGAGAAGGGAGAAACGUAGAGGACCCAUCCAUGUGUCCCAACCAUACACACAAUGAUGCAGCCGUUAAAGCAGCCCGUUUGCGGAGUGGGGAAUGAGCGCUGUCGUUGUACGCCGACAAUCCGGCGGGCGGUAUUUGUCAUCAAGCUGAAUUUGGCUUGAACGCGGAAGCGGGCACCGCGCAAAGACCUAGUUGGAAGAGAGAGAGACAGAGACAGCAGUAUUUUUAUUUAUCUCGUAUGUUUACCUACAUAUUAAGUCAAGCGCUACAACGUACAUACUGACUGGCUGGUUUCCUUGCAAACCAUUUUUUUCUGAGUUUCGCAUCCGACA